AGCGCGCGCGAGAGGAGGGAAAGCGUGUUUACACAGACGGCUCGAGCGCCUGGGGAACAGCGCGCGAGAGGAAGUGAGCCGGCUCGCUGUCUGCCUGCACCAACUUCCUGCUCAGAGAGAAAAAGAGAGAGAGAGAGAAAAGGGGGGGGAGACAGAGAAGUAGAGGAAAGAGAGAGAGAGAGAGAGAGAGAGAGAGUAGGGAAGAGAGAGAAGGGAAGAGAGAGAGAGCGAUAGAGAAGUAGAGGAAAGAGAGAGAGAGAAGUAGAGAGAGAGCAGGAGAGAGAGAGCAGGAGAGACAGAGUGGAGAGAGAGUGAAAAAACAGUGGGGAUCCCAUUACAGUCAGACUGUGCUGCCGAGGCGAUCGACAGCAUGGAAAAGCUGGACAUUUUACGGAAUUCUUUUUAAUAGAGGCUAAAAUACCCCGAGCAUUCCUCACAGCAGACAUGGAGAGUGCCAUCACGUUGUGGCAGUUCCUGCUGCAGUUGCUGCUGGACCAGAGCCACAAGCACUUGAUCUGCUGGACGUCCAACGAUGGAGAGUUCAAACUGCUCAAGUCUGAAGAGGUGGCUAAACUGUGGGGCCUGCGCAAGAACAAGACAAACAUGAACUACGACAAACUCAGCCGGGCGCUGCGCUACUACUAUGACAAAAACAUCAUUAAGAAAGUGAUUGGGCAGAAAUUCGUGUACAAGUUUGUUUCAUUUCCCGACAUCCUGAAAAUGGAUCCUCAGGCGGUGGAGCUUGGGCGAGACGGAGGCGGCGUCAUGCUACAAGAGGUGGAGUCCGAUGGAGGAGAGGGGGAGGAGUCUCCAAAACUCUCUCUGUCAUCGCUGAGAAGCCCCACCUGCAGGAACGAAUACCUUCACUCUGGUCUGUACUCAUCGUUUACCGUUAGCUCCCUCCAGGGCCAGCCUCCUCUCCUGCAUCCAAUCAAAGUGGAAAAGCAGAGAGGGGCGGAGCGAGGCGAGGAAGGCCCGACCGUGAUCCGCUUCGUUACUAACCGGUCAGAGAAGGUGGUAGCUCUCCCAUCUUCUCCUGCACCCAACUCCUCUGAGGUUUUCUUCAGUUCCAAGGUUUCGCCACAUUCCUCCCGCUCGCCGUCCCCCUCCCCGAGCCCGUCCUACACGCGAAGGCACGGCCUGAGCCCCGAGGCUCACAUGGACGAAUCAGAGCAGAACGCUCAGCCUCUCAAUUUAUCGUCCGGCCACAGGGAGCGUGCCCAGAGCCAGGCACAGGCCCCGCCCCCUGAGAGGAGGGCCAGCAGCAAUGGACUUCCUCCCAAAGCUCGAAAACCAAAAGGCCUGGAAAUCUCAGCCCCUUCUAUAUUGCUUUCAGGAAGUGACCUGGGCUCCAUUGCUCUCAACAGCCCUGCACUGCCCUCAGGGUCCCUCACACCAGCCUUCUUUACUGCACAGACUCCCUCGGGCUUGCUGCUGGCUCCAAGCCCUCUUCUGUCCUCCAUUCAUUUCUGGAGCAGUCUGAGUCCCGUAGCACCUCUCAGCCCGGCAAGACUACAGGGACACAGCUCCCUCUUCCAGUUCCCCACUCUGUUGAACGGACCUCUCCCAGUGCCUCUCCCCAACCUGGACUCCUCAUCCUCCUCUUCAUCCCUCCUCCUUUCCUCCAGCGCUCAAAAAUCCUGAUUCCUGCACCACCUACCUAUCUGCAAACACACAGAUACAUACUUGCUAAGAAGUCUGCAUAGACUCAUGGUUGCACUACACCCCCUUGUGGUUGAACUUGACCACAGAAUUUACCACAACCAACAUUUUAAUGCAAAUAGUGAUUUUUUUCCUUUUCAGAACCGUCUCAGUCAAAACUCAGGCUGUACACCAAAUCGCUCACGUGGCUUUAUACGUGCCAAAGGAAGUGAAACGCCCUUCAGAGGAAACCGUGAGCUCUUGGAAAAUCUCGGCCUUAGAAUCUAUAGCUUUCUCCAAAGAAUGUCUUAUCAGUCUGCUUUAGAGUUUUUUUAAAUCUCUAUAUAAAGCAUAAAGCUUGGUGCAUCAACACAGAGAGACCUGUCUGUGAAAAAAACCCGUGUGAGAGCUCCAAAGUUCAGCUUCCAGGGUUCUGAUCCCAGGUGAGCUCUGAUUACUCCUAUAUUUCUACCCAGGACUCACCCUUGGUGCUUUGAUCAGAAUUUUCUCACCUUCCUCCCGCUCUAAUGGAGCUCUGUUAAAUGCUGAGAGUGAACGCUCACCGCAGCCCAUAUUAGAGGGACCCUAUUAGCCUUUUAAUUGAAUUGAAUUUUGUAAUCUCUUUCUGAGGCUGUGAAUCAGGUUUUCUGUUGAAUUUGUCUGGUAUUGUAUUGUAUAUUAAUGUAUUGUAUGCACUGUGCUUCAAACUACCGGCUGUGCCUUCUCUGUGUAAGAAUGUGUAUAUGUAAUAUUUUCCAGCUUUUUUUGUAAUAGACGAAAUUCCAUUAUCAUAUUGGAAAGAAAAAGCUUUGUAAUAGCUUAGUUUUUUUUUUUUUAUUAAGUAAUUGAAAUAUAAAAUGUAUUCACAUAUUAAUUUUAUAUUGUUGCUUUCUAUGAGUCAAGGAAAUGUGCCUGUUAAAAGUUGUUUUAAAUAAAAAGAAAGCAUUGAAUGCUACAUACUGAA